AUGCCACAAUUUCAAGACCUACCAACUGAACUCAUUCACAUGAUAUCAGAAUUUCUGGAUGACGAGUACGCGAUAAAUUCCCUCCUCCAAACAAAUAGGAGACUCUUCACUCUCCUAAACCCCGCCCUUUACCUACACCAUGCUCAAUAUCCACUACCGAUAGCUCUCGAAUGGGCAGCCAGGCAUGGCUUUGAAAGAACAGUGCGCUAUGCGCUAGAUGCUGGCAUUUCGCCAAAUCAGGCCUACGAACAAGAAUGGUUGCCCUUGGCCUUGGCUUGUAUUCACGGACAUGAAGGCGUGGUGCGCAUUUUGCUUAAACAUGGGGUCGACCUCAAUGCAGAUGUGGAAUGGAGUAAUUUUGACGAUAACGAUGAUCGGUUUGAAAGUGAGGAUUAUGGGUAUCCGGCCGCAUUGGCUGCUCGGAGGGGCCAUGAGUCUAUCGUGAAGCUGCUGCUAGAAUUUGAUACCCCGAUCGAUGAUGAGACGGAGCGCGGCGAUACGCCUCUUGGGAUGGCGGCUGGAGCUGGGCAUUUGUCAAUGGUGAAGUUUUUGGUUGAAGAGGGCUGUGAAAUUGACAUGCCAGCGGUUCCGCAUCUCUGUCACGCGGCUGAUUCUUUUCUGCUAUUUUAUUAG